CUCGCGGCCUGGGAGCCCCCAACCGAUCUUAACGGCCCAGCCAGCGCGUGAGGCCUCGGAAACCGCUGAGAGCCCUGGGCGCGGGGCUGCACCUGCCAAGGAUACUCGAUGGAACUCGAGGGAGAUGAUGGUAUAAUAAUUAGAGUAACAAUGUUGACCGCUAUUAAGGCUUCGCUUUGCAUUGGCUGCCUGGCUUUGAAUCUCAUAUUUCACGUAUUUUUUGAGGAGAUACUGAUAUCUGCUAGUAGGGUUGGCCCUGAGUACUGCAAUGAACAAGUAAAGAACUUUGUUCAGUUAAGGGCCGAAGUUAAGGAAUGGGCUAAGGGCCCUGAUGCAGUUACAACAUGGGAUUUUUCAGACACCAGAGAGGCCAGUGCCUUGGAAAUAAAUGCCUGCGCUGGACAGAAGGACAGUGUAAGAUGUCAAAAUGCUGGUCCACACACAAAAUGAAGAGAUCAUCAUCCCUCUCUGUAGGAUCAGUAACCGGAAGAAGGAUGCUGUCUCUACACGCUGUUUUUCAGAGGCGUCAACAAGUGCUUUUUCCCCUUCUCUGAGGGAGCCAGAAGUGUGUCUGGUAGGAACCGUGGCUGGGAACCCCAGGUAAAGGUCUACCAAGGCGCAGUGCCAGUGGACAGAGAUUAGGUGUACUCCUGAGAGUGGAAGCACAGCCAUUUGUCACGCCUUUCAAGAUACAGGACAGCAAGACAGGAGGCUCUCCAGCAGAGAGGACUGCAGGCUUUUGCAGGAGAGAAAAUCUCAGAUUCGGGGGUACAUAUGCAGGUUCAUUACCUGGGUAUAUUGCAUGAUGCUGAGGUGUUGGAUACAAAUGAUCCUGUCACCCAGGUCGAUGUGUAUGUGUGUUUGUGUAGAGAGUAUGUUCCAAAAGUGCUUGAACAGUUUAAACCUCACUAACUUCAGAAAACAUCAGGGCAGAGCCAGGAGGAGAAGGAAAGUUGGGACAUUCAAAGACUGGAAAAGUUUCCAGAGAGAAGAGGAAGAGGAAAGGAAGCUGCUUUCUCUUCUGAAAAGCUUUGGACCUCCUGUUUCCUGCAGUCCUCUGGGCCAGCAUCAUGAUACCAACCACUUUCGUCGACUGUUAUGCCCAGACCCCGUCUGUCGGGUGUGUAACAGAGCAACUGCUGAUAUCCAGCAACUGCUGUCUUGGGAGUCCCUGAAAGAUGCUGCUCCCUCUGUGUCUCCUUUGGCUUCUUCAGCUUCUGCGACUGAGUCAUCAUUCGCUCUGGCUUCCACCCCCUCAGCAGCCCCUCCAGAAGACCUAAUACUGUCCCCUCGGCCUAAGCCCUCUCCACCGCCCCCCUUAAUUCUCUCACCUGACCUGAUCACCACCGUAGCUGACUUAUUUUCACCCUCACCACUGAGGGACCCUCUGCCACCACAGCCUGUUUCUCCCUUGGAUUCCAAGUUUGCCAUAGACCAUUCCCCACCCCAACAGCUUCCCUUUCCCCUUCUCCCACCACAUCACAUUGAGAGAGUGGAGCCCAGCCUCCAGCCUGAGGCCAGUUUGUCUCUGAACACCAUCUUUUCAUUUGGCUCCACCCUAUGCCAAGAUAUUUCGCGGGCCAUGAAUCCCAUUGGUUCUUGUGCUCGUCAUCACGGACCACCAAUCCCAUCUGCUUUACCACUGGAAGAUUGCACUGUGACUCAGUCUAAAUCAAGUCUCACCAUCUUGAAGACUUUUCCGGAAAUGUUAUCUCUAGGUGGCUCUGGUGGGUCAUCCACCUCUGCCCCAACAAUCAAAGGCAUUGACCAUUCACACCCUGCAUCUUCAGAAUUCUCCUGGUGGCAGCCUCAUGCCAAGGACUCUUUUUCCUCCAAUUUUGUGCCAUCUGAUUUCAUGGAGGAGCUUCUUACCCUUCAUUCUUCUGAGGCCUUUUUAGGGGGGCACUCUGUGGCCAACCUCAUAGAGCCUGUUAACAUCUCAUUUCUCAGCCAUGACAUUCUGGCACUCCUGGAGAGACAAGUCAAGAGAAGGGGUGAUUUCCUGAUGUGGAAAGAAAAUGGAAAGAAAGCAGGAUCAUUCCCAAAACAACUUAGGCCAAACUACCAACUAAAUUCCUCACGGAAUAUGUUAACCUCAAUUGCUGUUAAGCAUGACUUGGCAGAAUCCUUUCCUUUUUGGGCCAGUAAAGGCAAACUAGAAUGGCAGCACAUCCAUCAGCAGCCUCCAUACUCUAAGUGCUUUGAAGACCAUUUAGAGCAAAAAUAUGUCCAGCUCUUCUGGGGUCUCCCAUCUUUGCACAGCGAGUCUCUGCAUCCUACUGUUCUUGUCCAACGUGGCCAUUCCUCCAUGUUUGUACUCUUCAAUGGCAUUACAAAUACAUCUAUAUCCCAUGAAUCCCCAGUACUUCCCCCUUCCCAACCUCUGUCCUUGCCUAGUACCCAACCACUACCCUUGCCUCAAACCCUGCCCCGAGGUCAGUCCCCACAUCUCACUCAGGUGAAGUCCCAGGCUCAACCUCAAUCUCCAUUCCCAGUCCGACUACCUAGUCCUCUAUUCCUGAUUAGGAUCUGUGGAGUGUGUUUUCAUAGACCCCAGAAUGAGGCACGGUCUCUUUUGCCAUCUGAAAUUAACCAUCUGGAGUGGAAUGUGUUGCAGAAAGUGCAGGAAAGUGUGUGGGGUUUACCCUCUGUGGUUCAGAAAUCCCAGGAAGACUUUUGUCCUCCAGCUCCCAAUCCUGAAUUGGUCAGAAAGUCCUUCAAGGUCCAUAUUCCGAUCUCCAUCAUUCCUGGAGAUUUUCCACUCAGCUCUGAGGUAAGGAAGAAACUAGAGCAACACAUUCGAAAGAGGCUCAUCCAGCGCAGAUGGGACCUGCUCCGGAGAAUCCAUCAGUCUCUGUCAUUGCAACGUCCUCAGAGCAAAAUUUCAGAGCUAUCUGUGUCAGAGAGCAUUCAUGGACCGUUAAAUAUCUCUUUGGUUGAGGGUCAGAGGUGCAAUGUUCUAAAGAAGUCCGCAUCAAGCUUCCCUAGAAGCUUCCACGAGAGGAGCUCAAAUAUGCUUUCCAUGGAGAAUGUGGGGAAUUAUCAGGGAUACAGCCAGGAGACUGCCCCAAAAGAUCACCCGUUGCAUGAUCCGGAGACAUCUUCAGACGAGAAUCUGAGGUCUAACUCUGAGAGAGACCUAGAAACUCAUAUGAUGCAUCUGUCAGGGAAUGACUCAGGGGUGAGACUAGGUCAGAAACAACUUGAAAAUGCCCUGACAGUACAUUUGAGCAAGAAAUUUGAGGAAAUCAAUGAGGGUCGAAUGCCUGGGACUGUGCAUAGUUCAUGGCACUCAGUCAAGCAGACAAUGUCUCUUCCUGAGAAAUCCCAAAGCCAAAUUAAACAUCGAAAUCUGGUAACAUUGGUGAGUGAGGACCACUGCGUUGAUACUUCCCAGGAGAUUUCCUUCCUUAGUUCCAAGAAACAAAAGAUGUUGGAAGCCCAUAUUAAAACUUUCCGUAUGAGGAUGCUGUGGGGCCUUCCCCUCAAGGUCCUUGAAUCCAUAGAAAUCUUCAAAUCGAAAGCGGACCUUUCCACUUCCUUUUCCCAUUUCGACCUUCCCUCCUCAGCCACCUUCAUCUCUCGGGGAGAUUCCAAAGAUGGGGUCUCUAAGUCCCGUAGACGAAGCACUUUUCAGGGAGAAAAGUUGGGAACAACAAGCUCAGUCCCCAUCCUUGAUCGUCCUCACCCUGUCUCCUCACCUGUCGGCCAAGAAGGUCAGGAGACCCUGAGAAGACAAUUUUCUGAUACGGACCAUGACCUUAUAGAGACAGAUUCCAAAGAUGGGGCCUCCACAUCCCUUAGAAGAGGUACUACAGAUUUUCAAAGCGAAAAAUUAGAAUCAACAAGCUCAUUCCCCAUCCUCGGUCAUUCUUACCUUGUCACUUCACCUGUCAACCAAGAAAAGCAGGGGACCCUGAGAAGAGAAUUCUCUGAUACUGACAAUGAUCUUACAGAAAGUGUCCGGACAACGGAGGAUGGCAGACAGACUUUUCUGCCCCCGCCACACAGCAUCGUAGACGAAGUCAGUCAGAAACAGACUGUACUGGCCAGUAGAUGCAGUGCAGAGCUGCCCAUAAUGCAAGCUGGAGCUGGCUGUGAGUCAUGGGAUAAGAGAAAGAGUUCCUUUCAUAAUGUAGACAGGCUUCAGGGCAGUAGAAAGACCUUUCCUGUCACCAAUGCUCUUCAAUCACAAACUAGGAACAACUUGACAACCAGCAAGUCGGGAAGCUGCUCACUGACAAAUGUGAAAGCAAGCACUUCCAAUGAAACUGAAAUUUUCCCACCAAGAAUAUCAGUUCCUCAAGAUCCUAAAUCAUCAUACCUUAAAAAUCAGAUGUUGAGCCAGUUAAAGUUGGUCCAGAGGAAGCAUAGCCAACCUCAGAGCCAUUUCACUGACAUGUCUUUUGCCUUAGAUAACUUGAGUUCCAAGGACUUACUGACUAAUUCCCAGGGCAUCUCGAGUGGGGACAUGGGAACUUCCCAGGUGGUGCAUGUCCACUUGGAGGACAGAGGAAUCCGUGUGGCACAGAAGCAGGAGCCCAGGGUCCCUACCUGUGUCUUACAGAAGUGUCAAGUUAAGAAUUUCCCACCAGCUGUAAACAGAGUGAGUCCUGUGAGACCCAAAGGAGGAGAGCUUGAUGGAGGGGAUGCAGGGCUGGGGACAUCCCAACGCAGGAGAAAGAGCCUCCCUGUUCAUAACAAGACAUCAGGGGAGGUGCUUGGGAGCAAAUCUUCCCCAACCUUGAAAACACAGCCUCCUCCUGAAAACCUUUCCAGAAAAUGGAUGAAGACCUUUUUGCAGUGGUUUAAUAAACCCAGCAUAUCAUAUGAAGAACAAGAAAGUUCCUGGGAAAAGGGUAGCUCCCUGUUAUCAUGUGUGCAGAAUAUUGGUCGAGUUACAAGAGCUGCCUUUACUGGGACUACUGAAGCUCAGAAAAUUAGGAAAGACACUAGGGAGUUCCUAGAAGAGAAGCUGGGGCAUAGGCAUGGGAUAGAUAUCACCUGUCCCCGAGAGCCCCUUUCCUUCCCAGUGGGGCUUGGGAAAGCUCAGCACAACCCAGAAGUGCAUGUCAGAGCAGAGUCUGUCCAGGGCUAUGCCUGCAACUACAGGGCUCCCUCCUGCAAAGUGACACGUACCAAAUCUUGCAGCCAACAAGCUAUCUUUGUUGGCCAGAAUUAUCCUACAAGGAUUAGACAGAUCAUAGACAAGGACAGACAGCCCCAGAAAGUUGAGGCAUUUAAGGGGAAGAUAUUGUGUCAAAGCCAUCCCCAAUCCAUGCCCCACAGGAAGCCCGUGCCACAUCCAAACCCCACUUGCCGGCGUCAGGUCAGCCUGGUGUGUCCAGCCGUCCCAACCAGUGCUAAAAGCCCUGUGUUUAGUGAUGUGCCUUUCCUAACUGGGCAGAAAAUGCUUCCAAAGCAUUUCCAGGGAGGAAAAUUUCCCCCCACAAAAUAAUUCAAUCCUUGUUGAGAAUCUUGAUUCUCCCCAAUAAAUGUUCUAAUAAGAA